AUGGAUAUAUUGGAUGCUGUGGCUCAUUUAUACGAACGUGAGCAGCUUAAUGAUGACAGAGAACCGCCAAUACGUCAAACACUGCCAAUGGGGUAAGUGUUUUAAAGAAUAUUCACCUUUUAUAUAAUUUUUUGUUGACUUUUAUUUUUGAAACGAAGUAUAAAUGUCACGGAUGUAUUGUCACCUGGACUGAAUAAAUUACUGCACAUUUUAAUAAAUAAUUUUAACAAAAAUUUCUGUAAAUAUGUAUAUUUGAAAGAAAUAUUGGUAAAAACUUGUAAUAUGGCUGAGUUCUCCUGAUAAUUUAUGAUUUAUAAAAGUAAGUAAGAGUAUUAUUGGCCUAUUAUUGGUGGAGUCAACUUUGACCCCAAUCUGUGGAAUGAUUUGAUAGGAAUGGUCCCAUGAAGCAAAUCAUACUAGAUACAAUGGCUUAUUGCUUUGUUAGGUACAGAGAAAAGAGUGAUUUUUGUGAACAAGACGAAUGUCGUACAAGUGGUCGCCAUAACAGUUUCGACAGAUAUAGAUGUGAACGAGAUACAAGCCAGCCUUGUGAUGAGUGUAAUAAUGCCGCAGUUGAUGUAACUGCCCUUGUUGAGCAUUUUAGUAAGUGUAGUUUAGACCAUAAAUAUCUCAUAUAUCUAUGGGGUGACCCCUCCCUGAGAGAAUGAGCUCCCAUUAAGUCUCCAGCACUCUCCUGACAAGCAGUGCAUAUUUUAAAAGUUUUACAGUGGUGGGAUGGGGAGUGAUAUAAAUCCCCAGAGUAGGAUUUAUAUCACUCCAGCUAAGGUUAGGGCCCAGUCUGAGCCACAAACUAGUGGGGGCUGGGAUCCCCCCCCCCGUAUAUAUUGUAUAUAUUUUGAAAUAUGCCUUGCUAACAAAUACUUACAGCCUUUGCCCAAAACUUAUUGUUACUAUUAUAAACAUUGAACUACAUUUGUUGUUAUGUUGUUAUGUCGUUUUGUUUGCAACUGCACAGUUACUAAUUUGUUUAUUGGUUUUAAUUUGUAUUCACGAACCCCUAUCAAACCAGGCGGACCGUCAGGCCAGCAAUCUGGAGGGUUCAAAUUUGAAAACCUGUGUGGAACUCUGGACUAUUUUUCCUGAGUUGCAGUACCUUAAUGUAUAGGCAGAAAAAGUAAAGGAAAAAACUAUCUUCUCCAGAUGGUGUUUUUCGUCAAAGAAUAAACACAGAAAUUGAAAACUUUCGCGUCAGUGUUAAUGAGAUUGUUGAUGAUCAACAGAUGAACUUCCGAUCAAUGUUUGGCUUGGAACAAGAUGUCGAUCCUGCUCAGGAGGUACUUGGUUGAACUGUAAUGAACUCUUCGCUAGAUUCUUCCAUCUUUACCUAAACCACAGAAUAGAGAAUAUACAGAAAGUUGGCUCAGCCACAAAAGCUUAACCGCUGCUCAGUUGCCAUGUUCCUAUAGCCAAGUCUGCUUAUCAGAGGCAUAUACCUACUUGAGAUAAGAAACUCUUCUUCGGAAGCAUCAUUCAAAAUAAGAACAUAUCAAUACUUUUUAGAAACAAUUUAAAUGUAUAGUCAUAUGUAAUCUAUUGUAUAUACCAUAUAUUUUUUUUUCCACGUAACCUAAUAUAUCAGGGCCGUUAUAAGGAAGAUUGAUAAUGGGGGGGGGGGGCUCAUAUUCAUAUAUUCGUGUUCUGCAUUACUCACUUCUUUUGAAAUCGAUUGUUUUUACGGUCUGUAAACAUGAAUAUAUGAGUAUGACCCCAAUUAUCGAUCUUCCUAUGGCCCUGUAUAUUUGUUUGUUUGUUAAUAGUCGUAGGGUGAGGCAGCACUUUCCUUGCGAUAGUAACUUCUAGUAUAUUUGUUUGUUUGUUAAUACUCGUAGUUAUAUAGAAGGCCCAGUGUAAGAUUAGCUAUGCUAAACUGGUUUUGCAAUACUUUCUUUAAAUAAAUUUUAUUAUACCCCCUAAACCUCCACCAUUUUGAAUAGUUUCAGGGGGUGAGUAUCUCUCAUAAGCGCACUGGCUAGGUUAACGCCCAAACUCUCCUAUCCCUAACUCUUUGCUAAACUCUUGUAUCUUCCGUCUUUUUUCAAGGUUCCAAUGCACAUGUACUCUAGAUCAUCCAGUGCUGAUAACAUAACAUCAGGUAUGCUUUAAUGGAAGCUUGAUCAGGGUGUGAUAAUUCAUGACAGGUACUCCAAUGAUUUCCAAAGUACGUGAUUUAUCGCACCUUGAACUGAUAGUGGAUAAAAAAGACAGUCAAAUGAUGUUAAACUGUAACACAAAAAGUACUGUUUUGGUGUUUCAGAUUAUCAAGUUGUUGUUGAUAAUGGAAAACAAAAUGAACAGAUGUCUGUGUAAGUUUAAUUCCAAAUCAUUUUAUAGCAGUUUGCGAGGCAUUUGUGUAUCUUGUUUUUUUCUAACCUUUUAACAUUUUAUAGGACCGAGUCUCCUGCAUCAACGUUCAAUAGUUACGGUGCUUCAGAAAGUGAACAAGGGUAAGUGCUUACAAAAAUACUGAUAGUCCGCUAACAGGGUCGUAGAUUCAACCUGGAUUCAACCGGGACUGCUUCCCGGGCACUGAAAUUUUUUUCGAGGUUUUGCCGUUUGCGUCGAUAGCUAUUAGGGAUUUUAAGCUUCUCGGCAAAACUUUCGUUGAACGUGUUCGUUUCAUAUUUUCUUUCUUGCGUCGAAAGAAUAAUUAUGUAUUUCAGUUUUAAAACGGCAAGUUCAUUUACUUUUUUAUAUUGCCUGAUACCGUAAAAAUUUUCAUUGCCUGGCGUUUGCCGUUUGACAUAUAACGCGGAGCUUAAACGCUCUCAUUGUUAUAGCUAGAGAAUAGAGUUAAUGUUCACUUUAAAUAGUCAGGGUUAUUGCGUGGAGUUAUUAUUAUCAAGCUAAGUUUCUUGGGGGUUAUAAGAGUAAUAUUACGGAUAUAAUAUCCUUGCACUGCUUAAAACUCGCCACAAAAUGGAGGAAAUAGCGUUUCAGAGCCCAAAAUGUUAAUCAGGGCUAAACGCAGCAUUUGCUACUUUUGUGCUUUCCGUGAGGAAAAACAAAGGAAUGCAAUGAAGAAUGCGUAAUUCACUGGAAAUGUUUUCAAAAUUCUUACUAUGGAAAUAGCAUGGAUCUUUAGUUGAAAAUUGUAGGGAAAUCCAAUUCAUAUGGAAAUCCAUUCAGUGAUUGCAAUUUUCACACUAGGCCAAAAAAAAAAAUAUGUGGGUUUCCGGUUUCCCGACCCUACCUAGCUUUUCGACGUCGAAAUCCCGACCCUAAACUUUUUUAUUGGAUCAUGCUUGUAAGUGUUUCCACUUAGAGGAAAAAGUUUGUGGAAAAUUGAAGUUUGAGGCAAUAUUAGGGAAAUUUAUCUUUGGAUGUGGAAGCACUAAACAAAAUGGCGUCUGCUUAUUCGGAAAAUUAAAAAAAAAGUUUAAAAAAAAGUUAAAACCGACCUACCCUCCCUAAAUUUUUAUAAGAAGAAACCGGAAACCCACAUAUUUUUUUUGGCCCUAUGGAUAUAGUGUGGAAUUAGUAUGGAUAUAUACUAUGGAUUUAUAUACCAGUUUUCCACUUCAAGCGUACCGUACCGAAACGUACUGGUGAGCAUGCGCAGAUUGAAAAGAGGUUUAUAAAUCCACGUACUUCCGGGUAUAUUCGCGUAUCAAAAUGAAAAGUUCGCAAAUCGCAAAUUCCAUGGUAUGAACUUCAUUGAAGCUCCAGAGAAAGAUUAGCUAUAGCUAAACUGACGUAUUUUUGUGAAUACUUAAAAUCUUCUCUUAAUUAAUUAAUCUUCUUCAAAUAAACUUUAUUAUUAUUUACUAUAAGCUUUGACGUAAGAGGGCAGGCUGCUGCUUGGACUGCGGGGUAACAAAAUGCAAUUAAUUUUUUUCUGCUUUGUCUUCGCAAACCUCAGUGACGUUUUGUUUAAUUGCUUUCGCUAGUGAAAACAGGUACCAGGCUUUAUCUAUGCAAAACACUCUUCAAAGUAAAGUUAGACUUUGCAUUUGUUUUGGUUUUGCGAAAAACAUCACGUUUAUUUAAACAAAUAUUAUAUUAUCGCCAUAUGCGUUCGCACACAAAGAACUUCUUAUAAUGCAUUUUUAAACACUACAUAAUACAUAGUAUAUAGCCCUAAAAUGGUAAUGAAAAAAUAAAAACUGGCAAUGCAGUGUAAUACUAAUCAUGAUAUUGAAAUUUUAUACAAAUUCUUGUCAUUUUAGCUUAGGUAGCCAUGGCAUUUACCGCCCCCUGCUUUUCGAUAAGUGUAAUGUCUUCAAUAAAAACAACACAUAUGAACAUCACUCUUCCUACAUUAUCAGUAAACUAGACACAAAUGUCUCUCCCACGCAGCCGUAGGACCACCCAAAUAAAAUCCAUGUUCAGUAUCUUUUGUCAUAUUUCAUGAUUAACAUCGAGUUUAUGGCUAAAUUUAGAGGCGCGAAAGAUGUCAGGAAUGAGUGAUUGGUAUUAAAUAGCUUGUGAAUUGUGAGGAUAAGAUUUUCACUGAUAUAUUCGCAUUGUCGUUGAUAUCAAUGCCAAGAUUUUGAGUUAUUUGAUGUUAUCCAAGCUAUAAACAAAUAUUUUGAAUUAUCUUGAAUGUUGGGUUAGAAUCCAGUGUUGCCAACAUUGAACAGUAUUUAUAGAAGUAAUUGGUUAAAAGGAUCUAUUAUAACAACCAGAAAAUACUGAAAAAAUUAACUUGAAGUCUAAAUUACAUGCCCUGGACUGAAUAAUAUUUGCCAAGCUAGAAUAUGUUUACUGUUGCAAGCAAGUUGUGGUGGGUGACUAACUAUUUUGCAUAUAAAAUCUGAUACAUCAUUGCGCCAAGGCCAGACUUGCACAUUAUGGCUGUCAUAAGUUGCCUUGGGAACAAGGUAUUAUAUUAUUAUUCCAUGCAUGAUCGCCACUGCUGGACGUGACUGCAAAGCUCAUAAAUAUUCGUGCUGCAUACGCCUACGUGCACGAGUGUUGAACAAGUCAAUAUUUCGUCCAAACAAACAGAAGAUCAUCACAGCGUAGGCCGUUGCUUACUUGCUUCAUUCAUUUCCCUACAUGAUCAUCAUGCCGUUUUUUAUGGCAAAUUAACAUAUUAGCCGCGUUUAAUUUGGUAUGUUCUAAGUAUUUUUCAGUAUAUAUUUCACAUUUUUUACAUUGUGCCAAAUUGUUGAGAAUUCAGAAUUGCGUAUUAUUCAGGACCAUUCAGCAAUCUGACUCACUAUAUCAUCUUCUAUUUCGUGUUCAAGCAUGUUAACCGGAUGGUUACCGAACUGUCAAUCAUUCUCGAGCUAUUAUGUUUUGUUACUGAAAGGGGAAGCCACUGACGAAAUGAAUGCGAAUCCGCCGAAAAUCGAGUGUUUUAACUCAAUUUUCCGAUUAACAUUAAUUUUGUUAUUACUGAAAAAAAAAUCAGUUGGCAAAGGUUUCUGUGUCUGCCCUCUUCACCUUCACUGUUCACUCAGACACUUGAAGUAACUUGACCGCAUGUAUUAUCUAUACUUCAGAGAUAUAUAUAUAGAGUUGUUCUCGAAACUGCUGGACUAUAUAAACAGUCGCAUUCAGUUCGUGGUGGUUACGUAUUUUUCUCAUACAAUACCAGAUUAAAAGUCAAGUUGUUACUUCUCCUCGUGGUUUUGUGACACUUCCUUUUCACAAUCGUAAUGAUGCCGGCAGCUAAUCAUCGUUAUUCCUCCUAGUCAGGCUCCCUGCAAACUUUGGGUUUUGGGCGCGAGAUAUCUCCGCACAGGAAAGGGUGUGCAAAGGAGAAUUUUUAAAAUUCUGUAUUGUAAUAUUUCAAAUCUUUUCUCCCAGCUUUGGGGGUUUUUCUUACCGUGCUGCAAAGUAUGCUUAGUCAUACGUUUACACGUCAUACUUGACAGUAUAGGUGGUGACAGCAUAGACAAUCCAGAAGAUAGACAAUCUUCUGGAUUGUCUAUGGUGAUAGUUACCACUUGUUUACAAUGAAAACUUUACAAAAAUCAACAUAGCUUUUUUUUUUAUCAUGCAGUAUAACAAUGACCUAAUCGUUCUAUAAUCUUAUAUUAGGGCGCUUUUCAUUAACACGGCCAGAACGGUCAAGUUGGUGAAUGAAACACAAAACGUUUGGGCUUUGGACCUAUCUGACCUGAAAAUUUAGAUAAAAUUAGAAUGAGGUCCAUUUUCGCUAGAUAUUGUAGAAACAUCGAUCAGAUAUUUCCAUUGAUACCAUAGAUAUCUUAUAUACACAUAUAAGAUAUCUAUGAUUGAUACAGAGACAAAAAUUCGGAUCUGACCGUCAGGCCAUUAAAUGGAAAGCGCGUUAAGCGCCCUUACAAUACAAUACAACACUUUAAUUAAUUCUCCUCGAAAGGUUUUUCAGAAUUAAUUUACAACUUUAGUACUAAAUUUACAUUCUAAAUUCUAAGAAUCUAUAUGAUCCUGCAUAGUUAUGAUAAAAUGUUAAAAAUUGUCAUAUAAAUUAGGAUGGAAAUUGUAUGGACCUUUAUUGGAAAUAGAAUGGAUUUUGAUUAUCCUUAAUAAUUGUAUAUUUCCAUACUAUGGUUAUAGUAUCGAAAUAGUAUGGAUAUACUAUGCAUUUAGUGGUGCAAUUGCAAAUGUCAUAGUAUGGAUUAACAUUUCACAUUUUCCCCAGACCCAGUGUAUGCUACUAGUUCUCACCUGUUCAAUUCUAUGAACAAUUUAUCAGAACAGUGGUAAACCAGCAAAUGAACUAUCAGAAAAUGUAACUGCUUUCCUUUACACUGUCAACGUAAGGAUUUUGUAGAGGCAGUAAAAUUGUAAAUUUUGAAGGAUUUGUAAGAAAUGUUUGAAGGAACUGACUCGUUAGAAUUUACCUAAUGACUAUGCAAAAUUCCUACUGUGAUCAAAGUCUUUAGUGUAGAUCUACUUGCGUAUUAUUAAAUUAAACACGCGCAUAUGCGAUUGUUUAACUCUCAGUCUGUUGGCAAAUAUUCAUAAAUCGCGUCUCCCACAGAUGGUUGACGCGCGCGCUUAUACGGAAAUGCGGUUGUACUCCAAGUGAUCCACGAAUCACAUUAACUCCCACGCAUCGAAAUGUGCGCUAAAUGGAUUUAUACAUCCUGCACAGUAGGUCGUAUCUCUAGAAUUAUGCAAGGCGUGAGAUUGUUUAUGUGGUUGCCAUAGGAACGACAGUGUCAAUAUUUAUCUUAUUUAGUAAGCCGCAAAACUGUUCCCUCAGCAAAGAACUCAAGUUUUUUUCGAAUUAUAUGACGGCAUGACAACGCGUAUGAAACAUGAUCUACUAUUUUCGUAAAACUUGAAAUGAAACCUCCGGAGAAAUAAUUUCUGUUUGGUACCUUCUCAGACGUGGAAAAUGUGUUAUAUAAUCCUCGGAUCCUGAAUUUGCCUUUUUGAAGUGUUCUUCAAAAGUGCAUAAAAAAAUUCGACCGUACAUUAUUAUGCCAUUAUGUAUGCAAGAACAACAAAACGUCGUAGUUCUGUUUGUAUUUUUCGGGUAGUUGUAUGUCCUAGAAACUACUUUCGUUAGAGGACUAUACAAGUAAACUACAAAUUAAACCAAAAAUCGAAGAAUCAUCUCCAUACGUUCACGGAAUAUUUUAUUGCAUCAAAGCAUAUUCUACUGUCGUCAAUCCUUCCAAGCAAAUCGUGCCUAGAACAAAAUAUGGCGUAAGGCCGAAAAAAAAGUUAUUAAUUCUGUUUCUGCGUCAUCUUUGACCAUGCGUGUUUUUUUUUCGUAAUGACGCGUCAUCUUUGACCAUGCGUGUUUUUUUUUCGUAAUGACGGACAUUAUGAGAUCAGUGGUAAUGCUCUCUUCGUAGCUGGCAACCCACAGUGAUGUAAUUAGAUAAUCGUCAAAUUUUUUUACCGGUGCUUUAGAGGGUCUUGACCAAAAAAGGAAGUCCUCGUAUUACGGUACUUGGCGUUAUUAAUCACUGUCAUUAGGCUAGGAGGUAUGCCGGCCUUAUUUGGAAAUCUCAAAUUAAGAGCUCUUUAAUAAGAUAGAACAUCGGCAUAGAUGAAGGGCCUUUUCUUUUUUCGUUGGAAAAGUAGCGAACAGGUACCGUUUGAUCCUAACUCGAACGGUGUGUGCCACAAUAGCACCAGUAAGCUGUGCACUGAGAGGGAUUUAACUGCUUGUAAAACAUAAGGAAAACGUCGACGUUUCGAGCCCUUCAUUGGGAAGUUAGUAGAUGUUCCUUAUAAUAUAACAGAAAACCCAGCCCUUCCUAAUUAGCUAUAUAUAUAAACUGUCUACUAUUUUCGUGAUAAACAGCCUUUGAACUCUUUGACAGUUUUGACAGUCUAUAAAUACAGCACAUGAUUCUGUUGUUCGGUAACUAAGCUAGUAUAUAACCGCAGUGUUAAUCAGUUUUGGAUGCUGAUAAUCACUGGUGAGUUAAGGCCAUGUUACACGGUGCAAUUUUUCUUGCAACUUGCAAUGCAAUUCUACUCUUGAGAGAUGUAAAAUUGCCAAUUACGAGUCUUCAUUACACUCCGCUGAUGUUUUCUCAACAUAUCGAAAAUUCUUCACUGAUUUCACUAAUUAACAUCUCUCAAGAGUAGAAUUGCAUUGCAAGUUGCAAGAAAAAUUGCACCGUGUAACAUGGCCUUUAGUUCAGUAAGUAUGUGGUAGAUGUAUGGCCAAGAAAUGUCGCCACUUGUACUAUAUCUCUCAAUUCUAUUACGUCAUGCUUAUCACGUGGAAGUUAUUUAUUUAUUUAUUAACUUUAAAAUCAUACAAAAUUAUAACAAUGAUUGAAGGUCAUGUCCUGACAUGAGUCCCAUGUGAAGACCAACCUAACACAAAACAACAAGUAGGCAUACAUUAAAGACAAGGACUAGAACACUAUUUACAUAACUAUAUAAAAAUUAACAGGUUAGACUGAUUAUGAGCAACAGCUUAAGUUGAAAGAACGGCAUUUUGAGCAGUAGGUUUUCAUAUCACAAGUUUUAUUUGCUCGUCUGUAUAUGGACACUAUAUUACUGUGACAAAUACUAUAGUAUGUUCAAAAGCUAGUAUGCUAGUUAGUAUGUUAGCUUUUGAACAACUGUACUUGGUUAUAGAAAAAAUUGGCAAAGCACAAAUCAGUUGUUCGUCUGUAUGGGUCGACAAAGAAAAUUUGGCAGAGUAAUCUGUUUGGUCUUCAUCCCAACCCCUUCUCUAACACUAUUGUGCGCGAAACAUGAGCGGUGAUAACCGAAAAUUUGUAUUCACAAAUAAAACUUGCCAUAUCAUAUGAAAGAAUUAAAUUGUCAAAGAAAACUUGCUCGUCUGUAACUAGCCUGAUAACUGCAGCUUGACCACCAUCUGUCGCUGGAUACGUCGAUCAACCCACCAAUUGAAAAUGCUCAUAGACAUAGUUAUUUUGAAAUUCGUAAUAACAUUUAAGAGAAGAAUAAAUGUGACAGAGAAAUAUUCUCUACAGGCUCUAUCUUCGUACGAAGUGUUCAUGGAAAAUGUUAAUCGGAUUUUGAUGAUGUCACGAAUUUCAUGAACCUUGACCGACGCCAACAAACAACAUCAACAUCAGCAGUUUAAUGGAGUGCUAAUGGCAUUUUAUAUAUACGUCACUUGCAAUAACGCACAAGAUUUCAUUUACGUUAUUUGUAUACCGCAAAAUAAUUUUACUUUUUUGAAAAACACAUGCUGAGUUUACUGAUUAAUAUAUGCUUUGUAUAUAAUUGUAUAUAAUGGUAGAUCCAUCAGAGCUAAGUCUUAACUAUAUGUUACACGUAUGUCCGGUAAGACAUUGACUAAUACUGCGAGUUGAAUGUUAAGCCGUGGUCACUGACUGAGGAUAAGAGUUGAUAAGAGUUUGCAGUCAUGCUUUGUUACGGGGGACAUUUCAAGCUCUAGAUUAACAAAAUAAAGGUUUGACGAGUGCUGCAACUAAGUUUAUACAUGAUUGUAUUGAGAAAACAUUAAGAACAGCUAGAUUGCGUGACUGCUUUCCUUAAGCUGGAUUCCCGUGUACUACUGUCCGUUACUGAGAAAACCGCUAACCGCAAACGGCUUCAAUUCGCAUUUGAAGGUUUAUGUUCAAGUUUUUGACGGCAUAGGUUUGAUUGAUUGAAACUUUAUUUACCGAGGAUUAAGCGCGGAUCAAACAAAGAUAAAGUGCGUGAGUGCCAAGUCACGAGAUCUUCGCUAGCUGUUCCGCUUACUAGUAUAGUUAAUGCUCUCCCAACACUAUCAUGUGAUUCUCUUUAAGCUAAAACAUAGUCAUAGUUGGAACACUCAUGAAACUUUUAUUUUAGUGUUAAUCUAGACAUUGAAAUCUCCCCUGUAACACUAAAUCGUGACUGCAUGCCAACUCUCAAUCAUAAACUAUCCUUCGACACUUUCCACAGCAAUAGUAUGACAACUGAUAAACUUGUGGCCCUCGACCAUGUCUACCGAAAAGAUAAAUGCUAUAUAUAUAUACCUGAAUAAAAAUAUGUUAUACUACAUAUAGAAUAAAAUAAAAUAUAAUGCAGAUACUGCCUAAUAUCUAAGCGUUAUAAUUAAAAAUGAAUAAAAAACAUUAGUUGUAUGAUUGGACAAUUGAAGUAUAUACUUCAAUAAGUUACCCACCAUAAGACUCCGUAAGUAUAUACUUCUCCAAAGAACUGCCUCGUUCUUUCAGAACUCCCACUUAUUUUUGCUUAUGAAUGAUCUAGUUCAUGAGUUAAAAGUGUCUUUAAUAAAUAAAAUAGGGUAAUCAAAGAACGAGGCAGUUCUCUAGAGAACUAAUUUAUGGGGGGUCGUAUACUUCAAUCGAUCUCGAAGUCUCUUCGAGUCGCCUAUAUAAUUCGAUAUAUAAUCCUAUAUUUAUGUUGACUUCAAAAUCAGACGAUUUAAAGAUCACGGCCGGUUUGCUGUAAACGUCAAUCGUAAGAGCUCUAAACUCUACCCUCCAGGAUUUGGUAGUUUAAUAACGUACCGGUUGUCAGGAAAUACGUUGUAGUGGCAUGCGGAAUCAAAAACAAUAAAGAGCUUGCACGUAUGGGUCUGUCCAUGCAUGUCCAAACCAGGAACCACUCUGUAAUUAGUUAGAAAGCGCUGACUGUGUGAAAACAAUGAUUUGACCAACUAUAUUUCAGCUGACUUUACAGCUAACAAUAUUACCACAACAGGGAAUCAGAUAUUCUUCAUCAACGCUUGGAAAUAUUCAGCGUAUGCAUCACUGAAGAAAUGAUCAAGCUGUGUGGUUUGCUUAUUUAAUUAAGACGGAUAGAUUAAUUUCAAUAUCAAAUGCACCUGUUUCUUUAAGAUGAAUGACAAUCACCACGUUUUUCAACAAAUUGUCAAGAAAGCUGUCUGAACUGCGGAACUACCUGAAUACAAACUCGUGUCUAAUGUCGUAGUUUUUCUCAAUCCUAAUUCCUAGUACAAGGAUAGAUAUAGGUACUGAGACAAUCUUGCAUAUUUGAUGUAAAGGUCUUAUAACCUUCAAGACAUUUCCAACUACUGAGCGCAAUCGACUACCUUGACAAACAAGGUCAAUCAAUGGCUGAAAAACAAGGUCCAAUUGCCUAAAGCCAUGAUAAAGCAAAGCUAAUCCCUUAAUAGGCCUUGGGGUUGAUUUAUUGAAACUAGUCCGUACUUGACCAGGAACUAACACAUUGUCACAAGACGUAGAACAAGUCAGCACCUUCAAAUGUAAAUAUAUUUUGUCCCUUUGUGGUUGUAAAGGGGGCGAGUGGCCUGUAUUAAAUGAUCGGCAUGUAGCAAGUUGCCGUGGAACAGUGGGAUUAUAAUACGAAUAUUUGCUUAAUUCAAUCGAACCAGGAAGUUGGCUAUUGACAAUGAAACGUCUUUGAACGAACCGCUUUCAUCAGAUGUGGGCUAAAUAUGACAAUAGACAAUGGAUCUUUUGGAAGAAUAGCGAUGAUAACAACACAGCUGUGGAUUAAAAGAGAUACACUGAAAAAUGCAAGCGGAACUUGGAGAGAAGCAAGAUACAUCUAUACCAGAAAAAUACAAGCGAAAAGUUCUUCUUGUGUUUUUCAGGUAGUUCGGUAUCUCUUUCAAUCCGCAGCUCGUGUCUUUGUGUAUAGACUAUAGUGUCUGUGUUCUACUGAUUAUAAACUAAUAGACUGAUCCAUUGCCAUAGUUAAUAUAUAGAGAUGCAAUUGUGUCAUUGUUCUCAAACGCGGAAAUAGAGCCCAUUGAUUGAACAAAACAUGUUCGAGUCAUCGAGUGACUAGUGGUCCAAAUCUGUUUGACUGUUUCUGCCAUAGAUUUAGGAACAUUUCGAAAUCAAAGCAAGUACUAUUCAGUCUAUUGCACUAUCAGUCUAUCUACAGUGGCAUAAACCAUUAGAACAAUGUCCCUUUUGUCAGAGAACAAUGGCAUUCAAUGUGUUAGCAGAGUAACAAUUUACUGAGAAAAAGAAGUAUGAACAACCAUCUUUUAUGUAUGUGGUAUAGCAGAACAACUGUCUUUUGCAACUGCAAUAGCUAAAUGUUUGUCAGAACCUUUAUAAUCAGUAUUCUACUCUGUCUUUUUUUACUAUAUUGUAUUUAAACAUGCUUUUCUACAUUGUAGAUACCCAACUUUUCCUCCAAAUGAUGUUCAAAAUCAACGUGAUGCAGAGAACGCCAUGGCAGAUAAAUAUCUCUUGAGGUUGAUGACUGCAACGCUAGUGCUUGGUAAUACAUUACGAAGGGAGGAGUACAGGGUGUUUUAA